CUUCCUCCUGCACAUUCUCUGACAAACAACAAGCGAGAGAGCUGUGUCACUCUGAAAGAGGACCAGACCUGAACGCUGAAACGCUCCUCUCUCCUGCCGCAGACAAAGCCUCUUCACCAUGGGGAGGAUUGGCAAGGAAGUGGCAGGUCAGGUCAUAAGCUUCAUAGGUCUUGUUGGGGUGGCGGUGACCUGCGGGAUCCCCAUGUGGAGAGUGACCUCCUACAUCGGUGCCAAUAUCGUGACGGGCCAGAUCGUGUGGGACGGCCUGUGGAUGAACUGUGUGAUGCAGAGCACCGGGCAGAUGCAAUGCAAGCUGAACGAGUCUGUUAUGAGGCUGACCCCGGAUCUGCAAGCCGCCCGAGCCCUGGUCAUCAUCGCCCUCGUCUUCGGCUUUAUUGGCUUCAUCAUCACCUUCAUCGGAGCCAAGUGCACCGGCUGCCUGAAAAAAGAUUCAUCAAAGGCCAAGGUGGUGAUCAUAGGGGGCUGCCUCCUCAUUCUUGCCGCCAUCCUGAUCCUCAUCCCUGUCUGCUGGUCUGCAGCCAUCACCAUCACAGACUUCACGAACCCCCUGACCAUUGACACACAGAGAAGGGAAAUCGGAGCCUCCAUCUACAUCGGCUGGGCCUCUGCUGCAAUUCUUCUGAUCGGUGGGAUCAUCCUCACCACAUCCUGCCCUCCUCAAAAACCCAUGUAUGGAUACCCAGGCUACCCACCAGCGCCUAUGUACCCUUACGCAGGCCCAGUGCCAAACCCGGCAACAUACGGCCCUGUGUAUGCUCCCCCAUCCAGCCGACCGUACACAGGCACCGGAUCAUACAUACCUGCCAAACCGUAUGCAGCACCGACCACAUACUCUCCCAGGCAAUACCUAUAAAAACUGAAAGGACUGAAAGAGGAUACAGACUGAUAUUUCUGCCUGAGACUUUCAGCUACAGGAACUUGUUAUGUGAUUAAAUAGCAAAAUUGCACCAAAAUACAGAUUGUAUUUCGAGAGAAUGGUAUGUAUUCCAAUACACUGUUAGGAUUUAAGAUGAAUUCACUUAAACAAUCACUAAAACAUUUUGAUUGUCAUCAGUAACAUGUUUCCACUUUUGAUUUUUGGGCUGUGAAGUAGAAAUCUUUAUGAAGUCUUGAUAUUAGAGGAAUAUUGUGUCAACAUGGCUGUGUGCACUGAGAGUUGUUUUUCAUAAGGAAGUCACUGUCGAUACAUAUAUUUUUUUGUCAUACAGAGCACAUUUUGUAUAUAGUGAUGAUUUGUUUGUUUUUUGUGAAUGCAACUUUAUUUUUGAAAUUACUCAAUUUUCAAUAAAAUGUUUGUUAAACAUAUUCACGUAUCUGUUUGUGGAGUCAUUAUCACAACAUACUGUUUCUAUUUUACGCAAUAUGAUGAAAUAAUAUCUGGCAUCUUACAAGGUCAGAGCCCUUGUGUGUGUCUGGGUGAGUGAGAGGCAGAAAAAAGCCAAUGUCAUUUUUUUCCUUAUAUCUAUAAGAAUUAAAACAAAGGAUUUUCUUAAACAAUCUUAUUAUCACUUUAUUAUUUCACUGUAAACCUCUGAGGAACACAAAGAGAUAAACCUUGUGAAAAUAAAAGCAAAAUGUGAUUCAA